GCAGACGAGCGGGACGCGGUGCAGAAGAAGACCUUCACCAAGUGGGUGAACGCCCACCUGGCGCGCGCCGCCUGCCGCGUCGGGGACCUGUACUCGGACCUGCGCGACGGCUUCGUGCUCACGCGGCUGCUGGAGGUGCUCUCGGGGGAGACCCUGCCCAAGCCGACGCGGGGCCGGAUGCGGAUCCACUCCCUGGAGAACGUGGACAAGGCCCUGCAGUUCCUCAAGGAGCAGCGCGUCCACCUGGAGAACGUCGGCUCCCACGACAUCGUGGACGGCAACCACCGCCUGACCCUCGGCCUCAUCUGGACCAUCAUCCUCCGCUUCCAGAUCCAGGUGAUCAAGAUCAAGACCGAGGACAACCGGGAGACGCGUUCGGCCAAGGACGCGCUGCUGCUCUGGUGCCAGAUGAAGACGGCGGGCUACCCUGAGGUCAACAUCCAGAACUUCACCACCAGCUGGAGGGACGGCCUGGCCUUCAACGCCCUCAUCCACAGGCACCGGCCGGAUCUCAUCGACUUCCACAAGCUGACCAAGUCCAACGCCACCUACAACCUCCAGCAGGCCUUCAACACGGCCGAGCAGCACCUGGGGCUCAGCAAGCUGCUGGACCCCGAGGACGUCAACAUGGAGGACCCCGACGAGAAGUCCAUCAUCACCUACGUGGUGUCCUUCUACCACUACUUCUCCAAGAUGAAGGCGCUGGCGGUGGAGGGGAAGCGCAUCGGGAAGGUGCUGGACCAGGUGAUGGAGAUCGCGGCCAUCACGGCGCGCUACGAGGCCCUGGCGGCCGAGCUGCUGGCCUGGAUCCACCACACCAUCACCAUCAUCACCAACCAGAAGUUCGCCAACUCCCUGACCGGUGUCCAGCAGCAGCUCCAGGCCUUCACCGCCUUCUGCACCCUGGAGAAACCCGUCAAGUUCCAGGAGAAGGGGAACCUCGAGGUGCUGCUCUUCACCAUCCAGAGCAAACUCCGGGCCACCAACCGCAAGCUCUACGUGCCCAGCGAGGGCAAGAGCAUCUCCGACAUCAACAAGGCCUGGACCUGCCUGGAGAAGGCGGAGCACGAGCGGGAGGUGGCCUUGAGGAACGAGCUGAUCCGGCAGGAGAAGCUGGAGCUGCUGGCCCAGCGCUUUGACCACAAGGCCAUCAUGAGGGAGACGUGGCUCAACGAGAACCAGCGCCUGGUCUCGCAGGACAACUUUGGCUACGACCUGCCGGCGGUGGAGGCGGCCAUGAAGAAGCACGAGGCCAUCGAGGCCGACAUCUCCUCGUACCAGGAGCGCAUCCAGGUGGUGGUGGAGCUGGCCCUGGAGAUGGAGUCCGAGGGCUACUACGACACGCGGCGCAUCGGCGCGCAGAAGGACAACAUCCUGCGCCAGUGGGCGCUGCUGACCGAGCUGGUCCGCGCCCGCCGCGCCCGCCUCGAGCAGAACCUGGCGCUCCAGAAGAUCUUCCAGGAGAUGGUCUACAUGAUCGACUGGAUGGAGGAGAUGCAGGUUCUUCUGGUCUCCAAGGAUUUGGGGAAGCAUCUGCUGGAGGUUGAGGACCUCCUGCAGAAGCACGGGCUGCUGGAGGCCGACAUCUCGGCCCAGACAGAGCGCGUCCAGGCCCUCAACGCUGCCGCGCUCAAGUUCUCGGAGCUGGAGGGCUACCAACCCUGCGACCCCCAGAUCAUCUGCAACCGCGUCAACCACGUCCAGACGUGCCUGGAGGAGCUGGAGGAGCUGGCGGCCAAGAGGAGGAAGGAGCUGGAGGAUUCCCGCCAGCUCUGGACCUUCUUCCAGGAGAUGGAGGAGGCCGAGGCCUGGAUCCGCGAGAAGGAGAAGAUCCUGGCCGCCAAGACCUGCGGCCGCGACCUCAGCAGCGUCAUGACCUUGACCAACAAACACAAGACCAUGCUGGGCGAGCUGGGCAACCGCCGGGCGCUGCUGCACCAGACCAUGAAGAAAGGCGAGAAGAUCCUGGCCAAGAAGUCCUUCAGCUCCGUGGGCAUCCAGGAGAAGAUGCGAGAAGUCUGCCUGCGGUGGAAGAAGCUGGAGGAGGUCACAGGGCUCCACCAGCAGCGCUUGGAGGACGCCCUGAACUUCUUCCAGUUCAGCGCCGAGACGGACGACCUGGUGGCCUGGCUGCAGGACACGUACCGCAUCGUGUCCAGCGACGACUUCGGCCACGACGACUACUCCAGCCAGGCCCUCCUGCGCAAGCACCGCGCCGUGGUGGACGAGGUGGAGAAGCACCGCGCCGCCGUCCUGUCCCUCCGCAAGCAGCUGGCUCUCCUGGCCCCCGACCACCGGCAAGGCGUGGACAUCCAGAUCCGCGUGGUGGAGGUGGAGCAGCUCUACGGGGAGGUGGCCGAGGUGGCCGUGCUGAGGACGCAGUGGCUGCAGGACGCCUUGGCCGUUUACCGCAUGUUCAGCGAGGUCCACGCCUGCGAGGUGUGGGUGGACGAGAAGGAGCAGUGGCUGGAGAAGAUGGAGGUGCCCGAAGAGCUGGAUGAGGUGGAGGUGGUCCAGCACAGGUUCGAGAGCCUGGACCAGGAGAUGAACAGCGUCAUGGGGAGAAUCCUGGACGUCAACCAGGUGGUGCAGCAGCUGGUGGACGGUGGCCACCCCAGCUCAGACGAGGUCCGGUCCUGCCAGGACCACCUCAACAGCCGCUGGAACCGGGUGGUGGAGCUGGUGGAGAACAAGAAGAGCCAGCUCAGCUCGGUGCUGAAGAUCCAGAACUUCCUCCUGGAGUGCAGCGAGAUGAAGGCGCAGGUGCGGGAGAAGAGAAAAGCCAUCGAGGCCACCCAGUCCGGUGGCAGCGACCUGGGCGGGGUCCUGGCCCUGCAGCGCCGCCUGUCCACCAUGGAGGCCGCCCUGGUGGUCCUGGAACCGCGGCUGGUGGAGCUCCAGCAGGAGGGCGAGGCCUUGGCCGCCGCCCACCCCGACCGCGCCCUGGAGAUCCUGCUGCCCUUCGAGGAGAUCAGCGAGGAGUGGGACAACCUCAAGCGAGCCCUCCAAGGUUGCGAGGACACCUUGACCAUCGCCGGCCGUCUCCAGCAGUUCAUCCAGGACCUGGACAACUUCUUGGGGUGGUUGGUGAAGACCCAAGCGGCCGUGGGCUCCGAGGAGGUCCCCGACAGCUUGGCCGAGGCCGAGCGGCUGCUGAACGUCCACGUGGCCCUCAAGGAGGAGAUCAACGGCUACGAGGAGGACUACGCCAAGAUCCAGGCGGCCAGCGAGCUGCUGGCCCUGGAGGAGAUGGAGGUGCCCUACCUGUCCCUCCAGCAGUGGCUGCAGAAGCUGGACGCGGGCUGGGGGAAGCUCCUGCAGAGCUGGGAGAUGAGGAGGGAGGUCCUGGUGCAGUCCCACAUCUUCCACCUCUUCCUGCGCGACGUCCAGCAGUGCCAGAACAGCCUCUACAACCAGGAGACCACCCUGGCCCACGCCGAGCUGCCGGACACGGUGGAAGGGGUGACCAAGGCGCUGAAGAAGCACAAGGACUUCACCACCACGCUGGAGCUGAACCUGCAGAAGGUCCAGCUGGUCCUGCAGGCCGGCGAGAGCCUCCGGCGCCAGCGCAACCUCCACAGCGACCGCGUGGCCGAGGCCAUGGAGGGGCUCCGGGCCAAGAGCCAACGCAACCAUCAGCUGGCCCAGGAGUGGACGCGGCGGCUCCAGGACCACCUCGAGCUCCAGAGGUUCCUCCAGGACUGCCGUGAGGUCAGGCCCGGCCUCCUGAGACCCCCAAACCCCCCUGGAGCCCCCCAAAGUCUGAGACCCCCCCCAAAUUCUCCCUGGUGGGGGUGGGCUCCAGGUUCUCCUGCAGGUGUGGGGUGGGCAGACCCCCCUGGGGUCACCUCCACAUUCAAGGGGGCUCCGUGUCAGGUCGCCGGUGGGAUUUGGGGUGGGGGGACCCCAAAAAUCUCCCCCGGAGUUGGGCCAGGGGGUCCCUCCAGCCCCACAGGGGCUCCUCCAGCCCCAGAAGAUCCUCAACAUCUCGGGGGGCUUCGCCGGUGGCCGGGGUUGGACCUUCUGUGGUCCCUCCUCAGCAGCCCCAGGGUGGGCGAGACCCCAGCUCGGCCCCCCACGGAUUUGGGGUCGGGUUUGGGGGUCCCUGGGGGUCCCGGCAGCCCCCAGCGGCUCCUCAGCAUCUCGGGGGUCCCGGCGCUGCCGGGGGUGGGACCCGUCCGCUCCAGCCCAGGAGAUCGCUCGGCCCCAAAGUCCCCCCUCGGAUUUGGGGAGCAGCUGGAGAGCGUCGGCAGCGGGGCCGACCUGCGCAGCGUCAGCCGCCAGCUCAAGAGGCUGCAGACGAUGGAGUCGCAGGUGGAGGAGUGGUACAAGGAGGUGGGCGAGCUGCAGGCGCAGGCGGCGGCGCUGCCGGCGCAGGCGGCCGGGCGGGACGCGGUGGGCGAGCGGCAGAGCGCGGUGGGGACGCGCAUCGUGCGCCUCAUCGAGCCCCUCAAGGAGCGCAGGAGGAUCCUGCUGGCCUCCAAGGAGGUCCAUCAGGUCAGCCAUGAGCUGGAGGACGAAGUGGUGAGUACCAGGGUGAGCGAACAGGUCAGCAGGCGGCAGUCGCAGGUUGACCGGCUGUACGUGUCUCUGAAGGACCUGGUGGAGGAGCGCAAGGUCAAGCUGGAGCAGCAGUACUGGCUCUACCAGCUCAACCGCGAGGUGGACGAGCUGGAGCACUGGAUCGCCGAGAAGGAGGUGGUGGCCGGCUCGCCCGAGCUGGGGCAGGACUUCGAGCACGUCACGCUGCUGCAGGAGAAGUUCCUGGAGUUUGCCAGCGAGACGGGCAGCGUGGGGCAGGAGCGCAUCGCCGCCGUCAACCAGAUGGUGGACGAGCUCAUCGACUACGGCCACACCGACGCCGCCACCAUCGCCGAGUGGAAGGACGGCGUCAACGAGGCGUGGGCCGACCUCCUGGAGCUGAUGGAGACGCGCGCCCAGAUGUUGGCGGCGUCCCACGAGCUGCACAAGUUCUUCAACGACUGCAAGGAGGUCCUGGGGCAGAUCGAGGAGAAGCGGCAGCGGCUGCCGGAGCUGGCGGCGCGGGAGGGCAGGACCUCGGCCGGCGCCCUGCAGAGGGCCUUGGGCGCCUUCGAGCACGACGUGGAGGUGCUGGUGACGCAGGUGCGGCAGCUGCAGGAGGGCGCGGCGCAGCUGCGGACGCUCUACGCCGGGGACAACGCCGAGGCCAUCGCCGGGCGCGAGCAGGAGGUGCUGCGGGCGUGGAAGGAGCUGCUGGCGGCGUGUGAGGAGUGCCGGCUGCACGUGGCCAGCGUGGCCGACAAGAUCCGCUUCGUGGGCACCGUCAGGGAUCUGCUGGCCUGGAUGGAUGGGGUGCUCCACCAGAUGGGCGCCGGGGAGAAGCCCAGGGACGUGUCCUCAGUGGAGCUGCUGAUGAACGACCACCAAAGCCUCAAGACUGAGAUGGAGGCCCGGGCCAAGAACGUGGCCACCUGCCUGGAGCUGGGCAAGACCCUCAUCCUCAGCAAGAGCCCGGCGGCUGACGAGAUCAAAUCCCACAUGGAGAAGCUCCUGGCAAAGAAGAAGGAGAUGACGGAGAAGUGGGACAAGCACUGGGAGUGGCUGCAGCAGAUGCGCGAGGUGCACCAGUUCGCGCAGGAGGCCGUGGUGGCCGACGCGUGGCUGACGGCCCAGGAGCCGCUGCUGAAGAGCCAGGAGCUGGGCAGCAGCGUGGACGAGGUGGAGCAGCUGAUCCGGCGGCACGAGGCCUUCCGGAAGGCAGCGGCCGCCUGGGAGGAGAGGUUCAGCUCCCUGCGGCGUCUCACCACGAUCGAGAAGCUCAAGGCCGAGCAGAACAAGCAGCCGCCGACGCCGCUCCUGACCCGCAAGUUUUUGGGGGAAGCCCCGGGAGGUCCAGACCCUCGCCGGCCGGAGCCGCGCGUCGCCUACGUCCGGCACGAGCUGCGGCCGGAGCGCCUCCAGCCCAAGCUUGACCGUGUCCAGGCGCCGGCCACCGACGGAGGAACCCCCGAGCCACCCCCGGCCACCGCCGCCAUCACCGCGGCCACCCCCGCGGAGCCCCCGGUGGCCCCCAAGGCCGAGGAGCCCGGCGAGGUCCGGCCGGGGCCACCGGAGCGGCGCCGGGAGCGCCGGGAGCGCCGGCUGGAGCGGCAGGAGUCCAGCGAGCCGGAGCCGCCGCGGCACGACGGGAAGGGCAGUGGCAGCAAAGCCACCCUGGCCGACAUCGUGGAGCAGCUGCAGGAGAAGGAGGCGGGUGGCCCCGUGCCAGCUUCGCCCCGUGACCGUGACUCCCCCGCCCGUCUCCCCGCUGGCCCCGAGGCCCUCCCGGAGAGGACCCCGAGGCCGGACCGUCCCCGUGCCCGGGACCGGCCGAAGCCGCGGCGCCGACCGCGCCCCAAGGACUCGGGGCAGGGCCCGGGGGAGCCGCGGCGCUCGCGGUCGGCGCCGGCGCAGGGCAGCGCUCCCCCGCCGCCGCCGCCACCCGCACACACGGUGACGCACGAGGGGUUCCUGCUGCGCAAGCACGAGCUCGACGGCGCUGGCAAGAAGGCGUCCAACAGGUCUUGGGUCAACCUCUACUGCGUCCUGGCCAAGGGUGACCUGGGCUUCUACAAGGACGCCAAAGGCCCCGCGGCCGGGGCCACCCACGGCGGGGAGCCCCUGCUGAGCCUGCACCGCGCCACCAGUGAGGUGGCCAACGACUACAAGAAGAAGAAGAACGUCUUCAAGCUCAAGACGGGCGAUGGGAGCGAGUUCCUGCUGCAGGCCAAGGACGAGGAGGAGAUGCAGGGCUGGCUGCGGGCGCUGGCGGCCAGCGCGCAGGAACACGCCGAGCUGGCCCGCUGGCACCAGGGGCUCCUCACCACCUCCUCCACCGACGAGGGGCUCCCCCGGCGCGACCCCGACCGGCCCCGGCGGAAGUGACCCCCCAGAACCCUGACUUUGGGCUCCUGGCCCCCACAAAACACAAAUUUGGGGGUCCUGCCCCACCCCUGAGCCCCAGUUUUGGGGUCCCGAGUCCCGGUUUCCGGGUCCCGGCCCCCCCAAAACCUCAAUUUUGGGGUUCUGGCUCCCCCAAAACCCUGAUUUUGGGGUCCCAUCCCCCCCCAAGCCCCAGUUUUGGGGCCCCGGCCCCCCCUUUCCCCCAGCACAAGCCAUAGAGAGCCGGGGGGGCCCAGCGCCGCCGUUGUACAAAUGUAAUAAAGCACCCGCUGCACCCCAAAACCGACUUGGGGGAU